AUGUCUGACUCACAAGAUGAAAUGCCAGUCUCUAUGAUUAAGACUUUGGAAAAAAAUAUGUUGAGUUGUAUUGAUAAAUUUUCAAAGUGUGUGCAAACAAAGACUAAAGAUGAAAUAAUUAAGGCUCAAAUAAAAGAGGUCAACAAACAGCGUUUAGAAUUCCAUAAAUUUGCCGAAAAAUCUAUCGAAUAUAUUGAAAUUUUGUCUAAUUAUAUCAUAGAAUUUCAAUCAAUUAUUGAAAUGAUUAAGAAUGAAACGAUUUCCAAUAAAGAAUUGAUUGAAGAACUUGAAAUAUUGUUAUCUGCAACUGAAAUAGCCGAUGAAGCAUUGAAAGAAUUGAAUGAACAAAUCAACUACAUUCUUGAGAAUUUCUUUGAAGUCAAUAACGUUCUCAAAAAAUACCGGGUGGAAAUUGAAAAUAAUUAUAGAAAUAUAAAAUCGGAAACAGCUCAAAAAUUAAAUGCAACAGAGAAUGAUAAACGAGCAAGAGGUGGUAAUACCAUAAUAGGAAUGUUUUUAGCGAUGAAAGACAUAAUAAAGAUUUCAAGUCUCGAAAAGGAAUUAAAAAAAGAACGUGACGGAUUACAACCUACAUUAACAAACCAAAAGGAAACACUUAAUGGGAUUCUUAAAAAAAUGAAAACGCCAAGAAAUUCCAAAUAUGAAAUUAUUAAUGGCUAUUUAGAAAAGUUAAAACCAGAAUUAAAAGGUUACAACUUUUCUGUCAGAGCUUUAAUAACAAAGGAUAAGAUGAUUAAUGAUAAUAUUAUCAAUUA